AUAAACCCACCGCCCUCACCAUCAUCAUGCCUAACCAAGUUUAGGCCCUAAUUAUCAACGCCUCUUCCCGUCCCCCUCACAGGAGAACCCCAAAGCUAGAAGAGGAGGAAAGAUAGCGCCAUGGGGAGAGCUCCGUGCUGCGACAAGGCGAGCGUGAAGAAGGGCCCAUGGUCGCCGGAAGAGGACGCCACGCUCAAGUCCUACAUCGAGCAGAACGGCACCGGAGGCAACUGGAUCGCGCUGCCGCAGAAGAUCGGGCUCAAGAGGUGUGGAAAGAGCUGCCGCCUCCGUUGGCUCAACUACCUCCGGCCGAACAUCAGGCAUGGUGGAUUCUCGGAGGAGGAGGACAGGAUCAUCCUUAGCCUCUACAUCAGCAUAGGCAGCAGGUGGUCGAUAAUAGCGGCACAGCUGCCGGGGAGGACAGACAAUGACAUCAAGAACUACUGGAACACAAGGCUCAAGAAGAAGCUCUUCGGCAAGCAGUCGCGCAAGGACCAGAGGCAGCAGCACUUUGCACGCCAGGGAGCCAAUGGCGGGCAGAAGGAAGAAGUAAGCAGGGAUGCAGCCGGAACAAAUGGCCUUGCUGCUGGUGCUUACAAUUGGCACCAGCACGCCAUGGCCAUGGCCAUGCCGGUGCGUCCUAUGUCUGGUUCAAUGGUGGAAGGCAAUCGUAUCGGAGAAGAAGUUGACGAGUCAAUCCGAAAGCUUCUGUUUAAGCUAGGAGGAAGCCCUUUCAUGUCCCUGCCGCCUCCACCAGUGUAUGGGGAAACGCCAAGCUUCGUGCCGCCAUCAGUUCACACGACUCCGCCCAGCGAAGGUGGCAUCCAAUGUUCCAGCAUACUACCCGCGCUGGAGCUUGAUGAGAGCUUCCACUUCAACCAGAUCAAGCUGGACGGCCUCGAUUGCUUCUUCGGCAUGGGCGACCAGAACAUGAGGUGGAAUGAGGUGAGCCCCUUGGUUUGCCCUAACAAUACUGUAGCAUCCAGUUCCCAAGGGAUCCAGCAGUACUGCCUUGUUGAGGAGCCGGUUGACCUUGGGAUGCAGUAGGGAACUAGCUAUUGGUCUGUGUUCUCAUGUACAUGCAUGAUUGUGGUGUAAAUUUGUAGCAUUCAUGGGGAAUGGUGAAAGAUGAGAGCAUUGAAUGAAGAAAAAUAAGAUCUCUCCCCACUCCUAGAUGAGAGAUGCCUUGUUUUCAGGUAUCUUUAUGUGAGUCUUGUCUUGGAAUGUUUUUUUCCCAGUAGUGGGCUUACUGCCUUACGGAUUAUAUAUGUUACUUCGGCUGGUCUGUGUC